UGGAAUAUAUGGCAAGUGUUACUUAAAGUUCAUCACUUUCAUUAUGGAUACUUUGGAUGAUUCAAAAGUUGCUCUGGAGAUUGAUAAGGUAGAAGACCGCAACAUUAUUUCCAUUGUGACUGACACAAAUUCUGCUGAGCAAGAUUCAGGUUCUGGUCUUUGCAUCAAAAGUGAAGAUGAUGCCGUAUAUACCCAGAAAGAUUUGGUACCAAGAGCAGAAUGCCUGGUCACAGUUUGUGACAAAAUAAAUGGGAAUGACAGCAUCACAGAAGCUAAUGAAAAGGUAGAAGAUCAAAGGGAAGUGGCUACACAGUUAGGAAGUUUAACCUUUAAAACUGAUACUAUUGCUGACUCUGGCUUUGUGGGGGAAAAUGGACAACUGAAAAGUGAUUCUUUACAAAUGUGUCUUACAUUGGAAGAAGUUAAUUCUGAGACUGCUUGUGAAGCUGAUGACAGUUCUGAAAGUGACACAGACUCUGAUUCAUCUUCCUCUUCAUCGUCAUCCUCCUCUUCUUCAAUGUCCUUACCUUUGGUGAUUCAAGAAGAUGAUGAAGAUGAAUUAGUGCAAAACAAAGAAGUUGUUUUGAAGACUAGGGACGAGGUUCUUCUCAAUGAACUCCCAGAAGUUGAAACAAUAUCAAUAUCUGUUCCUGAAGAUGUUGAACUGAAGCCAUUUGGGACAGUGUCAGGCAUUAUUGAACAACUAGAAAUUAUUGGCAGCAGAGUUACUUACUACUGA